CGAAGGGGGAGCAAAGCCCCAUCUAAACGCCUCGGCCAGCAUGACCGCGCCUUGGUACCAGCAAAAGCGCCAAAAGAAGCACAGAACCCCGCCGGAGCCCCUCGACGCGAACUCCAGUAGCGACACCGAGCUGCAGGCUGACGAUAGCGACGAGGGCGCCGCCGCGUCCCUCAUCCUGCUCCUCGACCUGCCCAAACAGGAGGCGAGCGGGAGCAAAGGAGCGCCGUUCAACCCACGGGUCCCAUCGCGUCGGCCAGCGGCACGCAAGGGGGAGCGCUGGCAGGUGCCGCCCUCUCACCUCGCCAUCCUCGAGGCGGCCUACCUCGUCAGCGCCUUCCCCUCCUUGGAGGACCGCAAGCGCAUGGCCAGCGCUUUUUCCGUCUCGCCCCGCCAAAUCCAAGUCUGGUCCAGAACAAACGCGCUCGGGACCCUAAGCUCGAGUCGAAGUACACAUGUGGAAGGACUCCCGCCGCCACUGCCGCCACCGCAGCCACCGCUGCCACCGCAGCCACCGCCGCCACCGCAGUGGGCCGGCCGCCUCCGCCGCUCCAGGCACUGCGGCUCCAGGCGGCAGUGCACAAGGCACUGCACAAGUCGCAAUCAGCGGGCGACCGCUGGGCGGAGCAGGCGGCGGGGUGGGCGGCCGAGGUGCAGGCGGCGGCGGCGGCGGCGGCGGAGGCUGCGGCGGCAAAGGCGGCGGCGGCGGCGGCGGCGGCGGCGGCGGAAGAGCAGCCCGUGGCUCCAAGCGGACCCACAUCGCCGCUGGAUGCGGCGGUCUCAAUCGCUGCGCGGCGGCAGGCGAUGCAGCAGGCGCCCGUUGCGCCCAUUGCCCUCCACGCCGUUCGGGUGCCCGGCGGCCUCCACGCCGUUCCGAGUGUAUUUCCUGU